CAGCAGCAGACCUGAGGAGGAGGUGAAAACUUUUCAAACCUCGUUUUGCUUUGUUUUCUUUUGUUUUUUUGAGGAUGGGAGUUACAGGAGCGGUUUGUGACGAGACUGCGGGUGUCCUGUAAGACAGAAAUCCCCCCGAGCUGCAGGACAAGUCUGACUUCUUCUCCUUUUAAUUAAAGAAGUCUGUCGCGUGGAAGAAGUGGAAGAAACAACUUGCCCCUUGCUGAGGAGGAACCAUGAUCGACCUGAGCCACCUGACGGAGGAGGAGCAGGGGAUGAUAAUGACGGUGCUGAGGAGGGACGCCGAGCUGAAGAAGGCUGAGGAGGAGAGAAUCAGCAAACUGGAGAAAAUACUCAACAGUGACUCACAGCCGGACGCAAAGCUCAAGUACCUGAGUGGAGAGUGGUUUUACGAGGCCAAGUCUCGCAGGCACAUGGACAAGAUCCACGGCUCGGAGAUCAUCCUGGCCUCCAUGAAACAGAAGAAAGCUGGUUUAGACGGCUCUCUUCGAAUUGAACGAUCUAAAACGCCGAGCAGUCGAGGUUCGGACAUCGUCCCUCCACCCAAACCUGCCAGAUGUUUGGACGCUCUAGAGCCGAAGGAGAUCAACGAUGCAGAAAAAGAGAAUCUAAAUUCAGCAGUCUGCUCUCCAAGACUGCCAAGGCACAACCCUUUCAACCGUGCUUCUCUUAUUGUUGUUGAGCCACCUGAAAAUAAUAAUGACGUGUCAACCGGCCGGGACAAGGAGUCUUCUGAGACAGAGCUCAUAUCGCCACUGAAGAGCCACCCAGCAGCAGCAGCAGCCAGUCAGACUUCAGGGAGCUCCCUCACAUCUGAGGCCUCGUCUGCAGGGUUCAGGCCAGUGCCAAAGAAGAGGACAUUUCUCUCCAGACGUACUUCCAGUCAGACAGAAAGCAAUGGCCUGGGUUCAGACACUCAGGUAGGGUCAGCGGGGGUUGUUCCUGCCCCGAGAAGGAGCCUCCAGCGAGGGUCCAGUGGAAGCUCUAACCAGUCCUACCCGAAGAGCCAAGAUGAAGCGCCUCAGAAAAGUGUAGUUUCUGAUCAAGUAUCUCACUCUGCUCAGCCGUCAAGAUCUGUAGAGGAAAACUCCCAGCAGCCACUCUGUGAUGUAUCUCAGGUUACAUCUAAUACCGCUGCGGAGAGAGAAAGAAACCCACCUUCACAAACAAGAGACAGAUCAGUGGACGAUUCGUCCAAUGACUCUCACCCAAAAAAAUUGAAUAAACUCUCUCAUCCUUCAUCUGCAACUCACAACCUCCACAACGUUAGACCAGCCACCCACACCGGCAGCAAUACAUCCUCUGACAAAGAAAUCCCACAGAGGAGCAACGAACGACACGAUGAGACACAGAGAGAGCAUGGAGAGGUGAAGGCUGUCAUCCUGCACACUGGCAGCAUUCAGGAUUCAGACAGAGAGAAUAACAGCAGUGUGGGAACAGCGAUGAGGCAGGAAGACCUGAGUUUGCCACAAAGCACUGAGGAUCCAGAUCCUCCAGUAUUAUACGAUCUCAUCUUCAUUGAUAAGUCUGAUCCUCAGAAGAAAUCAAAUCAGACACAGGUGUUUAAAUUGUCCACUCAGACCACCAGUCCCACGGGUGAUGAGGACUCCAUCACGAAGGUGCUGGACUGGUUCAGUCGCAGCACAGACAGUCUUGAUUGGAUAAAUACAAAAGGCGGCCCAGAGUCCACAAAGAGCUCCGACAAACAUGUUGACAUCAACAAAUCAAGAGGCGAAGAUUCAUUAAGAAAAGAUGCCGGGGAUAUUGUAAGUGAUAGGAAGAAGGAAACUCAGGAGAUGAAGAGAAGUCACUUACAAAAACAGGCCAAUGAGACCAAAGAGUUAAAAGCAACAGACAGAGUAGGCAACAAGGAAGUGAACGAAACACAAGAAGAGGUGAAGAAGGAAAGCAGAGAAAGAAUGCGGUCACAGGAUUCACAAGAUAAUACAGACGAGAGCCAACCAACCCAAAUCUCACAUCUGAAGUCAUUCUGGGAGAAAAGCAACGUGGGCCCUAAAAUACUUAUCGGCAAAUCAGUCACGCCCAGCGACAAAGGAAAACCUGCUCACCUCUCAGCAGAGAAAGACGAGGAGAAAAUGAACAAACCCCACGGAGCGUCUGAUAUGCCCACUGUGCCUGGAAUAUACAAUGGGAAGGGGAGUUAUGGGGAAGAAAGAGAACAACAGCUGGUAGUCGGUCCACAGAAAGAUACUGGAGACAAUAUUCAUUUAAAUGGUAACCAGGAAGUAUACAGUCUAGUGAUGAAUACUUCAUCUCCAAGAAACACAGAUUUAAAAUUAGCAGCCAAUCUCCAAGUAGCAGACAGAAGAGGUCCAGAGUCUGAGAGCAUCUCUUUUGUUAAACCCAAUCCACAACCUGACAGUAUUUCCCAAUCUAAAGAAACUCUACUGCUAGACGAACUGUCCAAGACUAUUCCUGCAUCUCAGCUAGAUACAGAUCUCCAAACACGGGACAGUCCAGACGCUGAUAAGCUGCAUUUGUCCAGAAACAGCCCGUACAUGGACUACAAGCAAGGUGGGAAUGAUAUACAGAUCACACCAAAAACACAAAUGCGUAGAGGUUCAAGUGAAGAAGUAAAGAGGAGGGACAGCGAGGAUAAAGGAAUUCAGUCGAGCAUGUCUCCGAAACGAAAGGAAGAUAAAGUUAACAGUCCUCACUCAAACAGAAAAGGUUUACCACACCAAGAAAGUACUGCCGAGAGGAUAAAGCAGCUCAAAUCUUUCUGGGAGCAGGAGAGGAACAAGCCCAUGUUUUACACCGGAAAACCUAAACCUCUCGGGGAAGGCAAAGUCGCUCGUGGUGCAAAUCAGGCGAAAAUGAAUAAAAGAUUCACAAAGUCAGAGUUUGACCUGAGCUCAAUUGGAAAUUAUCCAGACAGCGAUGAGGAAGACAGUGAUAGAAAUCAUCAAAAUUUUACUGUUCUCCCUUUGAAUCAGAGGAUAGAGAAGUCGUCCCCUAGCCUGGGCACGAACCGAAUACAAUUUAACACUCUGCGUGAGUUCUGGGACGAGGCCACAUCAGAUACGAAGGGAUCUUUUUCAUUUGACAAACCCAAAAGUCCAAAAAAGAAAGAGUCAAUAAGUGCCCAGCUUCCUUCUCAGGAGAUAAAGUGUGGUGACUCUGAGAUUUACCGCGAGAAAACAAGACAAGCUGUCCUGAAAUCAUCAUCAUCAUCAUCCCCAACUCUUCCAAAUCGAUCAAAGUCGCCUCAUGACAGACAGUGUGUGUCACGAGUAAUUAAUGACGGCAAAAACAGUCUGUCUAAUUAUACAACAGCUGAGCAGCAGAGAGAGUCCAAAAGGAGCUCAAAAGACUCAAAUCGAGACGAGAAAUCCACGAAACCACCAAGCAGCUCGGGAAAAGAGACUCGCUCUCCAAAGAACAGAAAAGACAGCUUCAGCAAUUCGAGCAGUCGUGGAAAUUCAAUGCGUCGUGCUGCUAGCAUGUUCGCUCUCAGUGUUCCUGAUGAAAAAGAUCAAAGUCAGCUUAAAAUGGACGUAAGCCCCGUCCACCCCCAGAGCAGGAAGCAGAGGCAGAACUCCGAAAAAGCCGCCGGGCCGAGAAGAUCAUCAGAGGAAACUGAGACUCUGACUCCACGUGCACGGGCGUGUGUUCCCAGAGACUACCGCCAUUACCUGGGCAUGACAGAUAACAACAGCGUCCACACCUCCCUCGCCCCAGAUAUUAAGGACGAGGGGUCAGAGGGCAAGUCCGGGUAUGAAUUCGACCUGGUUGUGCCCGUGAGGGCCAGCACUCCGGUGAGCUCAGAGGAGCGCUACAGUCGGAAGGGCAGCAAGGCGAGUCAACGCCCCCUGUGGGCAAACUACAGCAGCUCAGACACUGGUCAGGAGUCAUCUAUGAGCAGCACGUCAGACACCUGGUCCAUCUCGAGGAACAGUUCAAACCGUGAGAACGACGAUGAGUGCCAAAACCCUGUGAGGAAGGCGUUGAGGCGAGCAGAAGCACGGCCUAAAAAUCUGGCUAAGAGCAUGGAGGACAUAACAGCGUCCUUAUCACCACGACAAGAAAGAAGGCAAGACCCGACUGCCGACAUGAGACGCAUUAGUGACGUUUCGUCUAUCCCGUCACCCUCCUCGUCUUUAUUUUCGGAUCCAGACCACCUGAAGAAGAUGAGCAAAUCAGUUCCUUCGUUCUUACAGAAGGAGGAUGUUGGCAGAGACACUGACUCCAACUGCGAGGACAGUUACGACCGGGGAAGACUAAUGAUGGGCAACUCUUUGACUAACCUCACCAGCUCCUCUGGCAUGGCGUCUGUGUCCUCUCUGAGUGGAAGCGUGAUGACCAUGUACAGCGGGGACUUUGGAAACGUGGAGGUUCAGGGAAACAUCCAGUUCUCCAUCAACUACAUUCAGAAGCUCAGAGAGUUUCACAUCUUUGUGGCUGAGUGUCGAGACUUGGCCGCUGUCGACCCAAAGAGAGGGCGCUCAGAUCCGUAUGUCAAAAGCUACCUGGCUCCUGACAAAGCGAAUCUGGGAAAGAGGAAAACAUCCGUAAAAAAGAAGACGCUAAAUCCAACUUUCAACGAGAUCCUCAGAUAUCGCGUUCGCAUGGAGUAUCUGAGGACCCAGACGCUUAUUCUCUCCGUCUGGCAUCAUGACACCUUUGGCAGGAACAGUUUCCUGGGCGAGGUAGACAUGGACCUGUCCAAGUGGGACUUUGACCACACCCAGAUGAACUACUUAGCCUUGAAAGCAAGGACUACACCCACUCUGGCGCCAUCAAACGGCCGAGGAGAGAUGAGAAUAGCCAUACGGUUCUUGCCACAGAUCAUCCACAGUGAAGGAUUAGCGAAGGAGGUUCGAAACGCUGGAGAGAUUCACAUUUGGGUGAAAGAAUGCAAGAACCUGCCUCUAAUCAGGGCCACCAUUGACCCAUAUGUUAAGUGUUUUGUGCUGCCAGACACGAGCAGGAAGAGUCGCCAGAAGACACGUGUGCUGCGGAGGACAGUAGACCCAGCGUUUAACCACACAAUGGUGUACGACGGCAUCAGAGAGGUUGAUUUAGCAGAAGCCUGCGUGGAGCUCACCGUCUGGGACCGGGACAGGCUAGCCAGCAACCUGUUGGGGGGCCUCAGGCUUGGAGCUGGAACAGGUAGAAGUUAUGGAGCAGCAGUCGACUGGAUGGAUUCAACCCCCUAUGAGGUGGCCCUCUGGGACCGCAUGAAGGCCACCCCGAAUGAAUGGGUGGAGGACGUACUCCCAUUAAGAAUGCUGAACUCUGCCAAAACAGCUUUCAAAUAAGUAGAAGUAUACCAAACUGCAAUACUUCAAAGACUGUAUAUUUUUUGAGAGGCAGAACACGGUAAAUGAACAGUUUUAAAGAUCCGUUGAAGGGAUUUAAAUGUAGUCAGGAAAAUCUUUCUGAGGGUUUAAAAGAUCUGAUGAAAAAUAAGGACACCUGAGUGAAAGAUUGGAAUAGCAGCAACCUGUGGUGCUAUGCAAACGAAGUCAUUUCUUAAAUAGUCAUUUGAACACUUCUGUCAACAUCUCCACAGGUACUCCAGGAACAUAGGAAUUAAUAUUAGAAAAACAUCUCUGGGUGGCUCAACUAUGAGCUUUCAUCCAAGAAGGAAAGAGGGUCCCUGCUGGUAAAUGUGUUGGCAGCACUGAGGCGUACAGGGAAAUGUAAUUAUCAAACUAACAAAAAAGAAGCAUUCAACAUUUAAAAAACAGACUUACAUGUGACAAAGGUAACAAAAUACAAAAAACACAGCCAUAGUUUGGCACAGUAUCUGUUUAUAGGCAAGUAUAGCUUUAAUUAAUAUCCACGCAAAGCAUUUUUAUAUAUGUAUUCUUGUGGUUUUCAUGUUUGAAUGCCCCGAAGAAGACAAAAGACAAAACUAAAGUCCACAAUUUUAGUUUAAAGUUAUUUGCAAGUAAUAUCUCAUGAGCCAAAUUAUCAAGAAAUAUUCUCAAUAUUCUUUUUGGAAGCAGUGUAAAUGUUUAUGUAUUAAAAUUUGAAGAUAUUAAUAAUGUCCACAACAAAACAAUGAAGAGAAAAGAGAAAGAGAACAGUUCUGCACAAAAUAAGAGAUUUUACAUUUCAUCAAAGUAUUUCUUUUUUUUCCUUUGUUAAGCAAUACGUGAAGACGUUAUUUUUCAUUGCACUGGACUUUCACUAAGGAUAUAAACUGUAUUUAUCUUAUGUCAACAACGUUUUCACUCAGACUAACUCUUAUUUUGACAGUAUUGUAUAAGACUUAAAAUAGCAUAUCUGACAUGUGAUGAACUGCACUUAAUUAUACAAGCAGGAUUAAAGAAAUCAAAAUAACCUCUAUGAGUCUAUUUUUUUUAUCAUUUGUAAACUGAUAUGACAUAUCAGUGAGUAGAGCAAAGGUUAACCUACCAAUUGUUCAAAUAACAUGCUGUUUUUGAUUAGAGUCAUCAAAAGUUGCUGCUUCUGGUCAAACCUUUCGUUGAUUAUGUGAUAUAAAUUAAGCAUCUAGUUUUGGAUUUACAUACCAGGUGCCCAGUGGAUAAAUCCUACAGACUUUGACGAUCCUCUGACUUUUCCUUUAGUGCCACCAUGAGGUUGACAUUUGUGGUUUUGAGUAAAAUGUUAGCAUGCUUUAUUUACAAUCAAAAAUUAUUUUCCAGAUUCUGUGCCCCCAUCUCCACAUUAAACAUCUAUGUAACCCAGUUAUAGGUAAAGGGUUGGUUCACCCAGAUUACGAGAGUAUAUAUUUAUAUUUCUCCGUCCUAUUCUAUCCAUUGAUACACUGUCAACAUAUACAACAUGUGCUAUUUCUUCAGUACUGAGUAGUUACAGUGAAAACUACUCACAAAACGAUGGAUUCAUUGUGAAAUCUUAGAGAAAUAUCUCAAAAUCUGGGCAAACAAUACAAAACGACCACUGUCUACAUGGCUACACUGGUUGUGUUUCUUGUUUCUUGUGUUCCUUGUUGUGUUUGUGAAAUGGAAAAGCUGAACAUACACUUUCCUCGUGACUUCGUGAGUCUGCAUGAGGAACAACA